GUUUGGAGCCUUGGACCAUCAUCAACCCAACGACCGAUUUCCUAUAUUGAGAUUUGGUUUUGUUUGUUAAAGUUUUAUUUAAUUCAAAAGUUUUAAGUGAUAUUUUUCUAUUUUAAUCGCCUCAUUAACUCUUCAAACAAUGAAUGCUUGCCAGACCAUAGCUUUCCUCAGCAGCCUGGUCAUUAUGUCCACCUGGACAGCUUCAGCUCUUAUGUUUCCCUACAGUAUUCGUCUGAGGGAGUCCAAAGAUGAAUUUGAAUCUUCAGGUGCUGAGGUUGACCAAGCUAUCCAGGGAGUAGUGAAGGUUGUCCAGCUGGACCCUCGUAACCUAGUGAAUUCAGGGUUCUUCAGGAGAGGCUUUGCUCACAGGGGAACUCCUUCCCAUGCUUCCAGAUCGCCCUUCCCUGCCUUUCUGUCUCGGGGGCGUCCUGGUCCUGCCAAAGCCCUCAAGGAAGCUGUAAGUCCACUACACCAACUGCGUCCUAAAAGGCCUUUGGAGACAGAUCUGAAGAAGAAACAAGGAUUGCAGAUGUGGCAGAGGGUCAUGAAUAAAGGAGGGAAGGUGUCGCUGCCUGUUAACCUGAACGAUCCGAAGCAGACCUGCACUGCGGUGCCUUUUACUCAGCAUGUGACGGCAGAUGGUUGCCAAACAGUGACAGUUCACAACAAGCUGUGCUUCGGCCAGUGCAGCUCCCUCUUUGUCCCAUCCGAGGGGGAGUUUGCUGAUCUGAGCCCCGGUACGGGGGCCUUCCGCCGACGGGCCCCCUGCUCCCGCUGUGCCCCUUUCAAAGCUCAGACUGUCACUGUGCCUCUGCGCUGCGGAGCCAAAGUCCGGGAGAAGAGAGUGCUGCUGGUGGAGGAGUGCAAAUGUGAGACGGGCCGGGAAGAGAGAAGCACUGAAGCUGCUGCUAACACUCACCUGUAACUGGGUCCCAGCUAUCAAACAGACAAUAUACUGAUCCCUGGUUUUACUGAUAAUGACACCAGAUAACUGUUGUUCAUGUGGGGUUUGUAUUUCAUCAACUGUGAAUCAAAACCUGUGAUAUUUAGGUUCACAUUUUAUGUGAAGCUACGUGUUUUCUUUAGAAAAGUCUGAAUGUCUUAUUCAGAGUGAAAUGUUUUGAUGUUGACAAAUGGCCUACUUUGGUCAUGCAGUUUUUGUUUUAAAAUGAAUAAGAUGUUUAAAUGAGGUAUGAACAGUAUUAUAAGCUUUAGUAAUAACAAGAUGGCCGUAUACUUAUAUAUGUUUUAUGUUUAAAA